AUGGCGGAAAUAUACAAUCACCCAGAGUCCAAGGGUGCUCACGAAGCAACCAUGGAGAAGGGAGUCACUUACACCGAAGAAGAGGAGUAUGCUCAGAAUCUCCAGGCCAAGAUUCGCAACCCGCUCAAGGGCAUUCCUCGGGAACAGCUCAUGACGGAUGUUGAGUCCUUUGCCUCUCGUCACGGGCUCACUGAGCACACUCUCCUUCUCAAGAAGGGCGCGCUUAUUGCCCAAAACCCGGCCGAAGCACACAACAUUGAUGGCGACGAGAAGCUCACCUCACAUGAAUUGAACAUUCUGGAGCGUGAAGUGACACACAAGUGGCACAUGCCCGCAAGACUCUUCAUCACCAUCGCAACAUGCUCCAUUGGUGCCGCCGUUCAAGGCUGGGAUCAGACUGGCAGCAACGGUGCUACCAUCUUCUGGCCCGAUGUGUAUGGCAUUGGUGACCAGAGCAUCACUCGCAACGCUAUUCUCGUCGGUCUCAUCAACGCCGCUCCUUACAUUGGCAGCGCUUUCAUCGGUUGCUGGCUCUCUGACCCCAUCAACAACCACUUCGGUCGCCGUGGUGUCAUCUUCUUCGCUGCUCACUUCUGUAUCUGGCCCGUUAUUGGUUCCGCUUUCUGUCACACCUGGCAACAGCAGCUUGCCUGUAGAUUGCUCAUGGGUAUUGGUAUGGGUGCAAAGGCUUCUACUGUUCCCAUCUAUGCUGCAGAGAACGCCCCAGCUUCCAUCAGAGGUGCUUUGGUUAUGUCAUGGCAAAUGUGGACUGCCUUUGGUAUCUUGCUUGGAAGCGCCUUCAACUUGGCUGUCUACCACGUAAAGGAUAUCAACUGGCGACUGAUGCUUGGCGCUCCUUUCAUUCCCGCUGUUCCUCUGGUUGCCCUCAUCUACUUCUGCCCCGAGUCACCUCGUUGGUACAUGAAGAAGGGUCGCUAUGCCGAUGCUUGGAAGUCUCUCGUUGUCCUCCGAAACGACCCAAUCCAGGUUGCCCGAGAUAUUUACUACAUCUCUGCCCAGCUGGACAUCGAGAAGGAGCUCGUUGGAAAGACCAACUACGUCACCCGAUUCACUCAGCUCUUCACUGUCCCUCGUAUUCGCCGUGCCAACUUGGCUGCUUUUACCGUCAUGAUCGCCCAGCAGAUGUGCGGCAUCAACAUUAUCGCAUUCUACUCGACUACCGUCUUUGUUAAUGCUGGAUUCACUCAAUUCCGGGCUCUGAUUGGCUCAUUUGGAUUCGGUCUUGUCAACUGGAUCUUUGCCUUCCCUGCUUUCUGGACUAUUGAUACCUUUGGUCGCCGAAGCCUUCUGCUUUUCACCUUUCCUCAGAUGUUCUGGACUCUCUUGGCUGCUGGUCUCUGCACUUUGAUCUCUGAUGACCAUGAGACGGCCCGAACCGGCCUCGUCAGCCUUUUCGUCUUCCUCUUUGGAGCUUUCUACUCCCCCGGAGAAGGCCCCGUUCCUUUCACCUACAGUGCUGAAGUGUAUCCUCUAUCCCACCGUGAGACUGGUAUGGGUUUCGCCGUCGCCACCUGCUUGUUCUGGGCUGCCGUCUUGGGAACUUCAUUCCCCUUCCUGCUCGAGCGUCUCCAGACUGUUGGUGCAUUCGGCCUCUACGCCGGCUUCAACGUUGUCGCUUUCAUCAUGAUCUUCCUCUGGGUUCCCGAGACCAUGCAGCGCACUCUUGAGGAGCUUGACUAUGUCUUUGCUGUCCCCGUCCGCACCUUCAUGAAGUACCAGAUCACCGUUGCCCUGCCCUGGUGGUUCAAGAAGUACGUCUUCUUCCAGUGGAGCGCGACCAAGCCUCCUCUGUACCAGUUCGACGCUGUCGCCUCUGAUCUGCGCAGAGCGUCUAUUCACCAGGCUACCGUGGCAUCAUCGGAUGAUGAGAGCAAGCGAGCAUACUAA